GGAACACGUACCGAACCCCUUGUCAGAUUAACACUAGUACUCUGUAGCAUACUCCAGACUCAAAAACUGCAACCAGGCGGUGGCUUCUCAUCUGCGAUCCCGACGGUGAACCGGCGAUAUCCCGACGGUAAACUACAUCGAAGCUUCGAAGAUGGCGAUCGAUCGUGUUCCUCCUUUUAUCGGCGCGCAGCUCAAUUACCUUCUUUCUCACUCCCCCUUACCUAUAAAGGUUGAACAGAUGUGGUCUGGGUCCAAGAACUAUCCUCUCCUUGAUCGAUUCACCUUGGCCAUUCCCUUUUGCCUCGAUUUUAUCAGAUGGGACGUUUUAUACAAUGCGAUUUAUCCAUUAGCUGCACCAGACAUCAUCUUUGGGCCUGAAGAUGAAAGCUUUCGACCAUUCCAUGUGACACGUGAACAAGGAGAUCUGAAAUCCCCAAAAAACAGUUUGUCUGAUUGGAAUUACAAAGAUCCUACUCGUCUUUUAUCUCUCAUUCUUGAACUCAGGGAAUUGUAUAUGGCCUACCAGCGGAAGUGUGUUGAAGAAGUUGACGAUGAGAGGUUGAAAUUUGAAAUUAGCACAAUUAUUUCAAGAGAGGUAAUUAUAUUCUUUGAGUCACUUGAAAUUGUUUUAGUUUACAGAAGUAACAAAUGUUAAGUAUCUCGUAUUUUC